UUUUGUGGCCAUACAGGUAAAGUGCCCUCCUAGGAAGGAAACUCAACCUCCCCACCCCUACACAUUUCUUCUCCAAAACCUUACCUUACCCUUCCUACCUCUCUCUCUCGCUUCAUCUUCCUCUUUCCUUUUCAUCAUUCAACUUUUUUUGUUGUUUGCUACAUUGCUUUUUCUGUCCAUGGAAGAUAGCAACAUUGCUGCUACACCACCUGCAACGCCACCAGGGCCUAGUAUUGCUAAAAACCAUACUCAUCACAAUCACCAUCGUUUCCAUUCUAAAUCACAAAACCAUCAACAUGGCACCAACCUUUCCUUAAACUUCAUCGUUAUAAUCAUCAUAUCCAUCAUCUCAAUCAUUGUAGUUUUUGCAAUAUUUCUAAUCAUAGCAAUGCUCCGGAGACUUAAGUCUGUCAGAAAACUUGGGAGUUGCAAAGAAAGUGGCAGCCUCAACAACGCAAGCAGGAGGUUCAUUGCUCAUAAUUCUAUAGACUUCAAUUCUAGUCCAGAUGUGAAGGCAAGGUGUCUAUAUGGAGAAAAUAUAGGGCAUACGCCUCCAAGUAGAUAUAGAGGGGUCCAGGUUUUCACAUACAAAGAGCUGGAAUUGGCAACUGAUAACUUCAGUGAGGCAAAUGUUAUAGGCAGUGGAGGGUUUGGUGUGGUGUAUAAAGGAACCCUUGCUAAUGGUACUGUGGCAGCAAUUAAGAGGCUGCAGAGAGAUGGAAAGCGAGAGGAGCAUGCUUUCAGGAUGGAGGUGGAUCUACUAAGCCGCUUCAACUCUCCUUACUUAGUGGAGCUACUAGGCUACUGUGCUGACCAGCACCAUAGGCUUCUAAUAUUUCAAUUCAUGCCCAAUGGUACCCUCCAACAGCAUCUUCAUCAUCCCAGCAGUCAAUAUAGGCCAUUGGAUUGGGGAACCCGGUUAAGGAUAGCCCUUGACUGUGCUAGGGCCCUUGAGUUCCUCCAUGAGCAUGCUGUGCCUACUGUUAUCCACCGUGGCUUUAAGUGCACCAAUAUAUUACUAGAUCAGAACCUCCGAGCCAAGGUGUCUGAUUUCGGGUUGGCCAAAAUGGGCUCAGACAAGACCAACAGUCAGAUUUCGACACGUGUGUUGGGGACCACUGGAUAUCUAGCUCCAGAAUAUGCCUCAACAGGCAAACUUACCACAAAAUCAGAUGUGUACAGCUAUGGUGUGGUGCUUUUACAGCUUUUGACAGGCCGUGUGCCAGUUGAUAUCAAGAGGCCUCCUGGAGAACAUGUCCUUGUUUCAUGGGCACUUCCGAGGUUAACUAACAGAGAUAAAGUAGCUGAAAUGGUUGAUCCAGCUAUACAAGGACAGUAUUCAAAGAAGGAUCUAAUUCAGGUAGCUGCUAUUGCUGCAAUGUGUGUGCAACCAGAAGCUGAUUAUCGACCUUUAAUGGUAGAUGUUGUACAGUCAAUGAUCCCUUUAGUUAAAAAUUGCAAUUCCAUUAAUUCCCUUGGUCCCUCUAGAUUUUAUCGUCAAACCUCUACUCCCAAGUAUUAGUGCCUUUGAGACUCGAAGAAUCAAAUAAUUUUUUGCCUGUUCUUCUGGUUGCAUAAAGAAGCAAAAGCAUCGACAACGUACUAAACAGCCUUAGCAACUGCAGUUGCUUUCAGUUCUUGGAGCCUUCAUUGAAGCUUGCCUAAGAAGUAGAAGCAUGUCACAUCAGGUGAUACUUCUGCACUCGAAUCAGAAGGAAGUGAUUUUCCAAUGAGCCAUAGACAAGCUUCUUUACAUUCAUAUUCUUGUAGACCGAUAUAAAAUUUGUUAUAAAAAAGGAUUAAUAAAGGAAAUAUUAUUUUCUUUUUCAGAAAUGAAAA